AUGACGUCAACGGCACUAUUUUUGUUUGCUCUGGCGAUUUCAGAUACGCUAACGCUGUUCAGUGGACUUCUGACUGGCUGGGUGAUGUUUACCUGGGACCUUGACAUCCGGUUACUGAGUAACCCCGGAUGUAAAACGUUAGUCUACAUGAUCUACUGUAGCAUCCACCUCUCCACGUGGCUUAUCGUGGCUGUAACGCUCGAAAGAACAGCAUGCGUGCUCUUCCCGCACAAAGUGAGACUGGACUGCUCCCCACGAAACGCUUGGCUGAUCAUUGUCACAAUUGUGAUAGCCGUGUUCGGAAUUAAUAUAAUAUUGCCCGUGAUAUUUGAUCUGAAUGGAUACGAAGGUAAGAAGUGCGCUCCCUCCAUCGAUAUAGUGUGGAACGUUUACCAAUGGAUCGACUUCACGUUGUCUUUUGGCGCUCCGUUUCCUCUGCUGCUCAUUGGCAACGUCGUCAUCGUAGUGCAGCUCGCGCGCUCCCGUUCAAGAAAUAAGCGGAUGAACAUUUCCGGGCAGGCGCACGACACGCGUCCUUUGUCGAUGCUCAUAAUUGCGCUGUCUGCGGUGUUCUUCCUCACCAUGACACCAAUUGCCGUCAUGGAUGUGUCCUACCCCUACCUUAUGGAGAAGAUUUUGGCACUCGAGCGCGUGGAUCCGUACACGGCCUGGUAUGACUACGAAUACCUGUUGUUCCAGCAAACCGUUGUCGAACUGGUCUGCUACUUCAACUCCACAUUUAACUUUGUCUUCUACGUGUUCAGCGGCACGAAAUUCCGGACAGAGCUGAAGAGCAUGGGUUGUUGUCAGGAAAGAAAAGGCACCAGCCUGUUUAUCACCACCACCAGCAAAUGA